CGUGUAAUACAUAGUUGAUGAAUGAAUGAUAAGAGAAGAGCAGAAAACAAAAACAAUACAAAUGAGUCAUGUUCGCUGGAUAUAGAUAGACAAUUUGAUUAAACUGGCCAUGUUACAAUAGAAUACGCCCACAAAAUGAGAUAUUUCAUACAACUUAUUUCAAUACUGAUACUCUUUCGAUGGAUUCCGAAAACGUGGGCUGAGAUACAUGAAUGCAAGAUCGAGAGAUAUGAUUCAGAUGGUGAGGAUUAUUGUGUUUUCCGAAAUGUGCAUAUUUCUGAAAACACCAACCAACUUUCGUUCAGUUAUCCUUCGGGAAUAUUGAAACCUACACAUGUGGCCUUCGAAAAUUCCUCCAUGAAGCAUCUUCCAGUAGAGUUCCUGCAGCCUUUCGGUAACGAGCUUAAAUUUCUGAAAGCAGAAAAUUGCCAACUGCGGUCGGUUACUAUUACAAAUAAUAUGCAGGUUCUGCAUUCUAAAAAUAACUUCAUAAACAAAGUUAUUGUUCAUCAAGAUGCACAAAGUUCUGUCUUGAGGGAAUUAGAUCUAAGUUCAAAUCGAUUGGAAGGCAUUCAAAACAUUACUCGAUGUCAGAAACUACAAGUACUAAAUUUAAGUAAAAACGAGAAUCUAGCGAAAGAUAGUGUUAUUGAUCUAUCGUUAUAUGCCGGCUUUCGGGAGUUGCGAGAGUUGUACCUUGCCGAUGUUGGUGCCUUCUAUUUAGAUAAUAGCAAAGGAGUUGGAUUGCCAUUUUUAGAACUACUAGAUUUAUCGGAAAAUAGUCUUAUUCCAUCGGAUUUAAGACUUGAGCACCUGUACGAAUUUACCGCUUUACAAACACUUAAACUGAACGACAAUAACAUGGUUCAAUUGGAUUAUGGACAACUACCCGAUUUGAAGGCCCUGAAAAAAGUGUACAUCAACGGUAACAAUUUUCCAUGUCCUACUUUGAAAGUGAUGCUACAGUUUUUACAUGAAAAGAAUAUUGAAACGCCACCUGAGCGACAUAGUAACUGUCAAUCUCAUCAGCAAGAAGUCGAAGGAAUGUGCUGUAAGUUUGUGUCAUCGCCUAUCUAUCCAAAGCCAACUGAUAGGUCAACGACUGCUACUUCGAUAGUUGUCGAUCAAACGGAAGACCCUCGAAUAGAGCCGCCUAUUGAGUUGGUUGAUGACGGAUUUCUUUGGGGUAUUGUUGCUAUUGGAGUUGUAGGGGUUAUCAUGGCAGCUAUUGCCGGUUACUUCGUCUAUCGGAAGUUAGCUAGACGUUGACGUACUUUAACCUCUAGCAAUACCCGAUUUCAACCAAAUUGAUAUGUUAUUUCCUUACCAAUCGGAAAAAGAAAUAUGCUUAACAGGUUUCUGAAUUUUAUACGUGAGAAAAGUAUAAAAUUAUAUUUUGCUGGUAUUCUAAGUUUUCUAAAGCUACCUAAAGUCAAACUAACAAGAUAAGUACAAAAGUGAUAUUACCGUUCUGUACAUAACUGUCCCAUAUACGUAGGAAAUCCCAACGGACAAUUAUGCGUAGCGAUAGUGUACGUUUGAAUGAAUAAAAGAUUUUUUUUUUAAUA